CUUCUCCAUUGUCAUCGCCGUCUUCUAUCUCCAAGCUUUUCUUAGUCUUCUUUCUCCGCAUUUCUCCCUUACUAUUAGCGCAGAUAUGAGGCCACCAAGAGGACGUGGUGGACCAAGGGGAGGAGGCCGUAGCGAUGGCGGUGGUAGAGGAAGAGGAGGUUUCAGCAGCCGUGGUGGCGGACGAGGAGGUGACAGAGGUGGCCGCGGCGGCGGUAGAGGUGCCAGUGGUGGUAGGGGUGGAAGAGGUAGAGGCGGUGGUCGUGGAGGAGGUGGAAUGAAGGGAGGUAGCAGAGUUGUUGUCGAACCUCAUAGACAUGAAGGUGUGUUUAUUGCUAAGGGUAAAGAAGAUGCGCUUUGCACAAAGAACAUGGUGCCUGGAGAAGCUGUGUAUAACGAGAAGAGGGUUUCCGUUCAGAAUGAAGAUGGAACAAAGGUUGAAUACAGGGUAUGGAAUCCCUUCAGAUCUAAGUUAGCUGCUGCCAUUCUCGGUGGUGUCGAUGAAAUUUGGAUUAAACCCGGAGCUCGAGUAUUGUAUCUUGGUGCUGCCUCUGGAACCACAGUUUCUCAUGUCUCUGAUCUUGUUGGACCUACAGGAGUUGUCUAUGCUGUUGAAUUCUCUCACAGGAGUGGUAGGGAUCUUGUCAACAUGGCAAAGAAAAGAACAAACAUCAUACCCAUUAUUGAAGAUGCUAGACAUCCUGCAAAGUACAGAAUGCUUAUUGGCAUGGUAGAUGUGAUAUUCUCUGAUGUUGCACAACCCGAUCAGGCAAGAAUUUUAGCCCUGAAUGCCUCAUAUUUCUUAAAAGCUGGUGGUCACUUUGUUAUAUCAAUCAAGGCCAACUGUAUUGAUUCAACUGUUCCAGCUGAAGCUGUAUUUGCUUCCGAAGUGAAGAAGCUUCAAGCAGAUCAGUUCAAACCAAUUGAGCAGGUUACUCUUGAACCAUUUGAGCGUGAUCAUGCUUGUGUUGUAGGAACCUAUCGUGUCCCAAAGAAGGUCAAAGCUGCAGCUGCUGCGGCCUCUUGAGUCAUGCUCAUUUUUGUUGGUUUAGUGUCAUCUUUGUUAGCUCUACCCCUUUUAUUAAUUGUACUAUCUUCUUUAUAAUCUGUUUUGGAUAAUUUUAUAUUCUUAGUAUUUUUAAUUUUGAUAAUGAUGCUGAUUUAAUGUUUAGUUUGUAUUUUUAGCUAAUGUUCAGCUUUGAUGGAA